GUCAAACUAACUUCACUUGGCUCUUAUAUAUGAGUUGCACAAUACUGUGAUGCUCCUAGCUAUCACCAUAUAUCAUUUAGGUAGGCUUCACUAUGCCUCUUAACUUUGCUUAAUCUUUGGUGCACCUUAAUAGCUGACAUGUCCCUGCUUGGAUCAUAUUCCACAGCUUACACCCUUCCAUUAAGCCUUUCCUUAUGCAACUACUUCUCCCUUCUGGUUUCUCUAUCAAUCCUACCCCUGCUAACACAAAUUAACAUAAUAUUCCCCCACCCAUUUUCUCUACACUUAUCAGAAGUUGCCACUUGCCUAAAAGUUAUUCAUAUUCAUGAAACUUUCAACUACCCUGGAAUAAUGCUAAAUCAACCAUUAACUCAUGCAUAUUCAUUAAACUGAUUCUACACAAUGAACACAAACAACCAUUAAAUCAUGAAUAUUUAUUACGCUGAUGCACUAUACAGUGAGUGUAACGCAUUAUAAGGUCCACUCUGUGACACACGGCCUAGUGCGUACGUAUUGUUCGGUAAUCAGGCACAGGGUGGAGCUAUGCACACUGUGGUUUGACUGCACUAGUUUAAAUUGGUAUUGGCAUGGAAAUUUGAUACUCAUAAUUUGACUCACGAAUAUUGCAUUUUCAUUAAUAUGGCUUAUAAACUUAUUAUAUUUCUUUUAGGUGACGGUUUGGCAAGAUGAAUUCUCUACUUGUAGUCAAAUUUGUAAAAUGGAAUUGAACAAGUUAGGUGACGGUUUGGCAAGAUGUAUUCUCUACUUGUAGUCAAAUUUGUAAAAUGGAAUUGAACAAGAUCGUUAUUGGCACACUUCUACUUUUGAAGCAAUUGUUUGGUAUAAUUGCUGAACAGGUGGAUGUAAUUGACUUUGUAGGUUACACAAAUUAUGCGGCAGUCAAAUCAAAUAAAGACUGUGACAUUAUCAAUGCAGUUAUUCAUCCUGACAUAUCUGAAGAAUUAUAUAUUGGCAUAGCACUGUCCCCAUUGUAUGGGACCCGCUACGAUGAGACGCCGGAAGCUAGAACGGAAUUCACAGAGGAAAACAGAGCAGAAACAAUUGCAAGUACACUUUUCCCUUCAAAUACUAAGGCCUGGUAUAAGGAUGAGGCAGAUUCGUACAAUUCGUUUCGAAUUAGAAUAGACAAACACU